ACAUUCACAGCCACUCGGCUCUACGAGAAAUUGAUGCGAUAAGUAAAGUGGUUGUGUAUGUGGUGUUCCCUAAUUUUGAUAAUUUAUUUUGAAAACAGUUGAACGUAUUUAAUCUUAAAAAUUACUUUAUAAUUUGACCGAUUACUUCCUGUUCAGAAAACAAACACAGUGAGCAUCAUGAGUGAAGAAAGUCAUCCCAAAACAUUGUAUGUCGGAAAUUUGGAUCAAGCCGUGUCCGAGGAUUUCCUCUGUGCUUUAUUUUCACAAAUAGGACAAGUCAAAGGAUGUAAAGUGAUUCGUGAACCAGGUAACGACCCUUAUGCUUUUUUGGAAUUUACAAAUCAUCAGGGAGCAGCAACUGCUCUUACUGCAAUGAAUAAACGUGUCGUUUUAGAAAAGGAGAUGAAGGUUAACUGGGCUACUUCACCUGGUAAUCAGCCCAAGCAAGAUACUAGUAAUCAUUAUCAUGUUUUUGUUGGUGAUUUGAGUCCCGAAAUCGAAACACAAACGUUGAAGGAGGCAUUUGCACCAUUUGGAGAAAUUUCUAAUUGUAGAAUUGUUAGAGAUCCGCAAACAUUGAAAUCAAAAGGUUAUGCGUUUGUGUCAUUUGUGAAGAAAGCUGAAGCGGAAAGUGCGAUUGCUACAAUGAAUGGCCAGUGGCUAGGAAAUCGAAGCAUUCGUACGAAUUGGUCGACUAGGAAACCACCACCUCCUAGGAGCGAGCGCAACCGUCACAACAGUAGCACUAAGCAGCCGACCUUUGAUGAAGUAUACAAUCAGUCCAGUCCAACUAAUUGUACUGUGUACUGUGGAGGGUUUACUAACGGAUUAACAGAUGAGUUAAUUCAGCAAAUUUUUUCUCAGUACGGAUCAAUUCAAGAUAUACGUGCGUUUAAAGACAAGGGUUACGCAUUUAUCAAGUUUUCAACAAAAGAAGCAGCCACGCAUGCCAUUGAGAACGUACACAACACGGAGGUGAACGGACAGACGUUGAAAUGCUUCUGGGGAAAGGAGUCCGGAGAUCCGAACGUGCAAAAUGCGGCCAAUGCUGCCAAUAAUGCAACUCAACCGGCGGGGGCAGGCGCGCAAUACCCAUAUGUGCCAAACUAUGGACAACAUAUGAGCUACUGGUAUCCACAGGCGUACGCGGCAUCGGCCGCGCAAAUGCAAGGUCAGUAUCUGCAGGGCAUGCAGCCGGGCUAUGGGUAUGGCCAAUUCGGCUAUCAGCAAGCGGCAAACGCGGCGGCGGCUGCGGCCGGAUAUGUGGGUCGCAUGGGCAUGCAGCUGCCCACGGCUGCCUGGCAGGGCAUGCCCACACCUGUGCCCACUGCCACCGCCCAACAAAUGGCCGUCGCUGCCCAGGGGGCCGCCAUGCAGCAGCCUGCCACCAUGAUGGCCUACACAAUGCCCCAGUUCCAGACACAGUGACCUGUAUCUCCUCCGCCCCUGCCCCUUUACUACGACAGUCUGUAAAUAAGCAACUAAUUACACACAAACUACUAUUAUAGUGUCGUCGUCAACAACCAAAUACAUGUGCAACAACAAAAUACUGAAUCAAGUCGAUAAUUUUCAAAUAGGCAGAAUAGUUAUUGAAAGGUCACUUAUGUAAAGAAAUUGAUCGAUUUAAACUUAAAUAAGUGUGAUGGUUCUUUUUAGGUCUGUCAACAAAAAAAUGAAACUUAUAAACAAUAUAGUAAUUGAAAGGUCACUUGUGUAAAAAUGAAUUGAAAACAAUAGUUGACUUGAACAGAAACUAUUAAAAAGUGUGUUGGAUCACUACCUCCGUAAACAAAGCCAUAGUGCAUUCAGGAGACGUCAGCACAGGUAGGGCUCCUACACCAAUAAAAACACAAGCUGAUAUAGAUCAGCUGAAAUCAGCGAAAUUUUAUUGGUGUUGGAGCCCUACCUGUGCUGACGUUACCAGAAUGCACAAUGGCUUUGUUUACGGAGGUAGUGGUUGGAUGGAGUAUGUUAGGUAUGUCAACGAAAAAUAACAAAUAAGCAGAAUAGUAAUUAAAAGUUCACUUAUAUAAAGAAUUUAAAUUUAAACAUAAAAUAUUACAACAAAUUGUGAUGAGUCCUGUUAGGAAUGUCAGUUAUAUGAUUGACUUGAGUUAGGAUCUGCAAUUAUUAAUUUACUGACUGAAUUAUUUCGUUUAAAAAUGUAAUGGUAAAUCAGGAGAGAAAUGGUCGCUUAGAGUCGUUGAGUUUUCCUUUAGUGGUUCAGUAUGAAUAAACCCUGUAGAAUCCAAAGUUAUGUCGUGUAUGGAAUGCGUGAAAGUUAGUACUAGUUAACUGCUAUAAUAAGAAAUGAAGUAGCCCAUUGUAUUGACUGGCAAUAUACAUCUUAAAUCUAUGAACGUGAGAGGAAACUGAACAUUUUUAAAGUUGGUCGAUAAUGUUAAAAACGUUCUACUAUAAAUAAUAAACUAUUGCAAUGAAUUUAAGCAAUCUGGAUUCUAUCAAGAUUAAGAAAUAAUUUAUUCUCAGGAUAAUGUGGGAGAGGGGUUGAAGCAUAUAAUGUGAGUAAGUUUUGUAUAGUAUAAAUGAGUACAAUUCUAAAAAUAAUGUAAACAAUAUUUAAGCAUCAGCAAAUCAUUAGUAUUUGUAAAUUGAUUGAGUAGUUAUUACGGGCGGUGCAUAACAUUAGUGAGAUAUGGUAUUUAAAUGAUUUCUAUGUGAAGCAUUUCGAUUAGCCCAUUUCUUUUUCAUAAACGACACUUUUAAAUUGUUUUUGUUGGUUGUGUUACUCCGAAAGUAUGAAAUUGUUCAUUACAACAAAGGUUUCUGAUAAUAAUAAUUUGAUUGUAUGGUAACAUCAUGGUUUUUUCUUUCAAGGUAUCUGAUUAGUUCAAAUACAGAUGUAUUUUUCCUCUGAAUACUUUCAUAUAAUAAAAAAAGUGCAGUUAGUCUAUUUAAGUACA